AUGCCUAUUUCGCACGCCAACACGGACUCGGUGGAGCUCGAGAUCCUGGAGAUCCGGCACGAUUCGAGUGACGAUGAGGAUGACGAGGCCGCGGUUCGACGUACCCGCGGUCGACGGCUUCCGGUGGCCACGGUUGUACGCCGGCAGCAUCAGCAACAGCAGCAUCAACAGUUGCACCAGCAGGACGUUGAUCAUCGUGAUCCGGCCAGUCACAUGGUUCGUGAUCAACCUGGUGAAGAUCGCGAUAUGAUGCCCCGGACCGGAUCACCCCCAAAGCGGAAACGCUUCCGCCGGAACCAUCGCAGUGGCAGUACACGGCGCAAAUCAAACUCGCAGAGCUGUGGCAGUUUGUACAAUCUCUCCGCAACACGGCCACUGCAUCCGCAACGCUCGGAACCGAACGUGAACUUCUACUCCAGCCCCGGUGAGCACGGGUACGAGGGUACGAUCGACGUCAACUUCCACGUACAGGACAGCUCGAACACGCUCGAUGACGCACCGGUGUUGGAAAGCUGUGAAACGCUUGGUGCUGGCCGCAGAUCUCGCAGUGGCACCGGUGCAGCCCGGUGUGGAUCUGCCGAUACGGCGGGCCGGCUUGUGCUGCUUGCGGCCCGGGAUGCGGAGAACGAUUACGGUGCAGGUGUUGGUGGUGGAAGUGGUGAUGGCAAGGGAACCGACGACGAAAAUGGUGACUACGGAAGUGGCGUCGAGACGCUCGAUGAUGCGGAUAGCGUUAUUGGCGACAGGGAUAACACCGGUGCGAGCACAGGGUGCCUCGGUGGAAGGACGACGAAGGAUGGUCCCCAGCAGGGUUUGCGGGCUUCGAUUGUGUCGGUGUUGGCCCGGUUGGGCAUGUGGCACACUAACAAACCGGCAGGACAACCGGCCGCACCGAUGCUGAUCCGUCGCAGCGAAACCAAGUCCUCGUUCGAUCGUGGCCAAUCUUACAUAUCGAAUGGAGCCAGCCGACUGCGAUCGAUUUUUGGGGAAAAUGAACGACGAAUACGAGCCAACGAUAGGGAAUACAAUACGCAAUUCAAAUACGCUAACAACUACAUCAAAACGUCCAAAUAUUCGAUAUUAACAUUUCUGCCUUUGAACCUGCUGGAGCAGUUCCAACGUCUUGCCAACUUUUACUUUCUGUGUUUGCUGAUCCUUCAGCUGAUACCGGCGAUCUCGUCGCUGACGCCGGUCACCACCGCGAUCCCACUGAUCGGUGUGCUCAUGCUCACUGCCAUCAAGGAUGCCUAUGAUGAUUUCCAAAGACACAUGUCCGAUUCGCAAGUUAACAAACGGCGCUCGAAGACCCUGCGCCAUGGCAAGCUGGUGGACGAACGGUGGUCCGGCGUGCAGGUCGGAGACAUCAUCCGGAUGGACAACGAUCAGUUCGUGGCGGCCGACAUCCUGCUGCUGUCGUCGAGCGAACCGAACGGUCUCUGCUUCAUCGAGACGGCCGAGCUGGACGGUGAGACGAACCUCAAGUGCAAACAGUGCCUACCGGAGACGGCCGCCAUGGGCCAGCAGGAGGAUCUGCUGUGGAAGUUUAACGGUGAGAUCGUGUGCGAACCACCGAACAACCUGCUGAACAAGUUCGAGGGUACGCUCACGUGGAAGAACCAGCGCUACCCGCUCGAUAACGACAAGAUACUGCUGCGCGGCUGCAUCAUCCGCAACACGCAGUGGUGCUACGGUGUCGUCAUCUUCGCCGGCAAGGACACCAAGCUGAUGCAAAAUUCGGGAAAGACCAAAUUCAAACGGACGACCAUCGAUAGGCUAUUAAAUUUUAUAAUUAUAGGAAUAGUGUUCUUUCUCUUAUCGAUAUGCGGUUUCUGUACGAUUGCAUCCGCCAUUUGGGAGGCGCUAGUAGGAUAUAAAUUUCAAAUCUAUCUGCCAUGGGAGAGAAUAAUCCCGAAGGAUUACCUGCAAGGUGCAAUCAGUAUCGGGUGUCUAGUCUUUUUUUCCUACGCAAUCGUACUGAACACAGUGGUGCCAAUAUCUUUAUACGUUUCAGUAGAGGUGAUCCGUUUCGCGCAAUCGUUUCUCAUAAACUGGGACGAAAAGAUGUACUACGAUAAGACGAAAACCCAUGCCAAAGCACGGACAACCACGCUAAACGAGGAGCUGGGACAGAUUCAGUACAUCUUCUCGGACAAAACGGGAACACUGACGCAGAAUAUUAUGACUUUCAACAAAUGUAGCAUUGCCGGUCGUGCCUAUGGCGAUGUUGUUGACAUGAGAACGGGCGAAACAGUUGAAUUGUCGGAGCCCGCAUUCAACAGUAACACAUCGCUUUUGUUAAACGCUGAAGAGCCACCAGGUCGCAGCACACCUCAGCCUACCACCGAACCACCAGUUCAGACUAAAAGCCCCUCAAACAAAAAGCAUCCACCUUCACUACAUGUUAGAUUCAGUCAGCACAGUAAUAACCAAGAAACGCAGACGUCCAUAUCCACUAAGCAAGCCACACCACAAACUCAAGUCCCGGCGCAGUCGGCUACCGAAGUACCACCAAGUGGGAACAAUACGCAAGAAGGACUGCAUGUUUCCUCGUAUAGUUUGGUAAUGGAGCCGGUAGAUUUUUCCUUCAAUCCCGAGUAUGAACCCGAGUUCCGGUGGUACGACCAGGGACUGCUAGAUGCCGUGCGAGCUGACGAAGAACACGCGCAUAACUUUUUUCGGUUACUAGCACUUUGCCACACCGUGAUGGCCGAGGAGAAGAAUGGCAAGUUAGAUUAUCAAGCACAAAGUCCUGACGAGGCGGCCCUCGUGUCGGCGGCGCGAAAUUUUGGAUUUGUUUUUAAAUCACGAGCACCGAAUAGUAUAACAAUCGAGGUCAUGGGACGUACAGAGGAAUAUGAACUGUUAAGUAUAUUAGAUUUUAAUAACGUUAGAAAGCGAAUGUCGGUGGUGCUACGUCGCAACAACUCCAUCAUCCUGUACUGCAAGGGCGCCGAUAGUGUGAUAUACGAUAGGCUUGGACAGAACCAGCACGACCUGAAAGCGCGAACGCAGGAGCAUUUGAAUAAAUUUGCCGGGGAAGGACUCCGAACGCUGGUACUGGCCGAGCGGCGGCUGACGAAAGAGUUCUACGAGUCCUGGCUGGUGCGCCAGAGAGAAGCUGCCUUAUCUUUAGACGGUAGAGAGGAUAAAUUAGGUGCAAUCUACGAGGAGAUCGAAUGUGAUAUGCAGCUGAUCGGCGUGACAGCUAUAGAAGAUAAGCUACAAGAUGGCGUUCCUCAGACGAUCGCGAACCUACAGCUGGCCGGCAUCAAGGUUUGGGUGCUCACCGGUGACAAACAAGAAACCGCAAUCAACAUUGGAUAUUCCUGUCAGCUGCUGACGGACGACAUGGCGGAUGUGUUUGUGAUCGACGGCAUCACGAAGGGAGAAGUAGAACAGCAGCUGCGCAAGUACAUGGACUCUUUGCGGAUAGUCAACACCUAUCAUCCGUCUAAUGUGCAAAAAGCAAACACCAUGCACACGCGAACAGUCGCUAGUAGCGAAACGAGCGCGGUAACGGCCAACGGAGCGCACAGCAGCAGUUCAGGGCCGAUGGUCGACAUACAGAACACGUCGCCGCCCUCGGUUUCUGUCGUGACGUUUAGGUGGGAUAAUAGACAUAAAUAUACAAGUAUAGGAGGAAGCGAGGAGGCACCGGACAGCGUGAAUUGUAGCAACUACUCCGAAGGAUUUGAGAAGGGCGAACCGACGCUCACUGAUCUGGACGAAAACACGGGCGUAGCGUUGGUCAUCAAUGGACACUCGCUAGUGCACUGUCUCUCAUCGGAGCUGGAAAGCAAGUUCCUCGAGAUUGCGUCACACUGCAAGGCAGUCAUUUGCUGUCGCGUAACGCCCCUCCAGAAGGCGAUGGUUGUGGAGUUGAUCAAGCGCGCGAAGAACGCCGUCACGCUGGCCAUCGGUGAUGGUGCCAACGACGUGUCGAUGAUCAAAGCGGCUCACAUCGGCGUGGGCAUCUCGGGCCAGGAAGGCAUGCAAGCCGUCCUAGCCAGCGACUAUUCGAUAGCUCAGUUCAAAUUUCUCGAAAGACUGCUGCUGGUACACGGGCGUUGGUCCUACUACCGCAUGUGUAAAUUUUUGCGCUACUUUUUCUACAAAAACUUUGCAUUCACAUUGUGCCAUUUUUGGUAUGCAUUUUUUUGCGGCUUCAGCGCUCAAACCGUUUUCGAUCCGAUGUUUAUAUCAGUGUACAAUCUAUUCUAUACAUCGCUACCGGUGCUAGCGUUGGGCAUCUUCGAGCAGGACGUGUCCGACAAAAGCAGCGUUGACUAUCCGAAGCUCUACUCGCCCGGCAUUACGAACGCACUGUUCAACACGACGGAGUUUAUCCGGAGCGUGCUGCACGGUAUCUUCAGUUCGCUGAUACUGUUUCUCAUUCCGUACGGUACCUACAAGGAUGGCAUCUCCCCAGACGGAUACGUCCUGAACGAUCACAUGCUGCUUGGCUCGGUGGUUGCCACGAUCCUCAUCCUGGACAAUACAGCUCAGAUCGCUCUGGACACCUCGUACUGGACCGUCUUCAAUCACAUCAUGAUCUGGGGCAGUUUGCUGUGGUACUUCGUGUUGGAUUACUCCUACAACUAUGUCAUCGGGGGUCCUUACGUGGGCUCGCUGACGCAGGCCAUGAAGGAAGCCACCUUUUGGUUCACCACCGUCCUAACGGUGAUCGUCCUGAUGAUACCGGUGCUGGCGUCACGGUUCUACUUCGUCGAUGUCUUUCCUAGCCUGCCAGAUAAGAUUCGUGUACAGCAACGAUUGGCGUUGUUGCGAUCUCGACAAAGCAGCGACGUACUAAGGACACCUUCCGCCCGAAAGGCUCGCCGUUCGUUGCGUUCCGGUUAUGCCUUCGCGCAUCAGGAAGGAUUUGGCCGAUUGAUCACGUCGGGUAAAAUCAUGCGCAAACUGCCACAGGACUUUGCCUUCCCGCUUGGGCUGGGCAGCAAGAAGCAACAGUCAACCGAAUCGACCAAGAACAAUAACAACAACUGCAGCAGCAACAACAAUGCCAACAGUGUUACCAACGCCGCCAACGGAACCGGUGCAGGGGCGUUAGGUGCCGGAUCAACCCUAACAAGAACCGGCACGACGACGAUGACUACAUCCACCGCCGCCACUGCGUUGACGGUAGGACCUUCGACGACGAUGGCCGCCAACGGGAACCAGCUGGUGAACUUGCCCGGUAGUUCGAACGGUGAUCACAGCCCGCGGGCUCCGUGCCAGGAUCUGGACACGAUCAAUCUGUGAGCGGCGCUCCGUAUUAUUGCUUUUUUGUUCCAUCGAUAGUCCCUAACGAAACCAAAAACAAAAACUCACAAAGACGACGU